AGCCCAGAAAUGUAUAUUAUCUAUGCGGGUUUUUAUUUUUAUCUUUCGGUGUUUGACCUUUGUUGCCGGAAUCAUUUUAGUUUACUAGUUGCUUUAGUUUAGUUUAGCUACUUUCGUUUAGAAAAACUAAAACCUUUAUUAAACUUUUUAGUAGCUGAGCAGUUGUAAAAAUGUAGCUAUGCGUAUUAGGUUAACAUGAAGCUUGUGAUCUAGUUGUGACAUUCUCCUUUUGUCUUAAUUUACUUAAUCUGUGCAUAAAAAUGGUAUUCGAUUAAAACGUGCAAUAACGAAAUGUCCCGUGACGACUGAAAAUAGAUAAUUUUGUGUCUCACUAAAAAUGAAUCGACUGAGGUAGUAGCCUAUUUCACACAACGUUCUCUGUGGUAGGACCGCCUGACGAACACCUGAGCAAGUCACUCGUGAAAAGGGGAAAGAGGCUUAGCCGAGGAAAGGAGAACCGAAAUCAGCGAAUGACUAGUGAAAGCGCGAGGGGGAUUUCUUCUGUCACAGCCUGCCUGCCACCAGAGCUGUUCAGGGCUGCGAUGCCCCAACCAAAAAGGAGAAACACAUCUUAGAUGACACUUACUUUUAAGUGUUUUGACAUCUGGAGCUUUAAAACUUGCAGGCUUGGCAUAAUACAAAAGGAAAAGCGGUUUCAUUAAAUAUAUGUUUUGUACUUCUGUUCAGGUAUUUUUUGGAGGGUGCGGCACUUUCGCUUAUUUUAAAGCGUGUUUCUCGCCUCGACCUGCGUGCCGUUGCCAAGCCGCUCGGUGAUGAAGACCACGGUCACGUUCUACGCCGCCCACGCGCUGUGUCUGGUGCUGGGCGUCGCGUGCGUGGUGCUCGUGGCCCACUGGAACGCCAGCUAUCGAGGGGGGUUCGCGUGGGACGGCGAGGCCCAGCAGUUCAACUGGCACCCCGUGCUGAUGGUCGUCGGUCUCGUGGUCCUGUACGGAAACGCGGCUGUGGUGUACCGCAUCCCGCUGACCUGGCGUGUGAGCAAGCAGCCGUGGAAGCUGGUGCAUGCUGGCCUCCUGCUCCUGGCGCUGAUUUUCUCUGUGCUGGGCCUGUGCGCCGUGUUCGACUUCCACAACACAAACCACAUUCCCAACCUCUAUUCGCUGCACAGCUGGGUGGGCAUCCUCACCGUGGGCCUGUUCGCUGCCCAGUGGGCUGUCGGCAUCGGGACAUUCCUGCUUCCCUGCACCCCACUGGCCAUCCGUGCCUUUGUCAAGCCUGCUCACGUGUGGCUGGGUGGCAUUGUCCUGGUGCUCAGCGUGGUGUCCUGCAUCUCGGGCAUCAACGAGAAGCUGUUUUUUGUCCUAAAGGACAAGGCCAAUGGAACAGUUCCUUACUCCCAGCUACCACCGGAGGCAGUAGUCGCUAAUUCCCUGGGUAUCAUCAUCGUUGCCUUCGGAUUGGUCGUCUUGAAAAUUCUGUCCAAUAAGACUUGGAAACGUCCAGAGCCCAGAAAUGAGGAAGGGGGCUACAGGGUGCGUCCGUCUCUGUCUUUCUCAAGUGUCUGUGGAGGAAAGCUGAUGUCUGGAGGUGUUGGUUUACUAUAUUGUGGACUGCAAGACAUUUACACUGUUCUAUGACAUUUACACUCUGUUCUGUCUGACACUCCCUAUCACGGAUAGAGAAGUAUAUGUGCAAGGAAAACAUAAGUGCUUUUUUAUUUAUUAGCAUUUUCACACAAUAAUAAUUUCCGUUUGAAAAUCUCAUUAUUUUUGUAAAUAUUUGCAAUAAUUGUUUAACGCACAGAACACCACGUUUUCAUAUGAGAAGUACCAGGAAGCAAAGUUAAUCCAGGCUACUUUAACAUCUGAAAUACGAUUAUAAACCUAGAUGAAAUAAACAGGCCUAUCUCGAAAAUAUCGUAAUACAAUAAAAUGUUUUGACUGAAAUUUUUUCAUGUA